CACAGAGCUGUCGAGUCGACGCUCAGAGAAGCGUGACUGGCCGUGGCCACAGCUGAGCUGGUCGCUGCUGGAGCAGAGGGGCCUUGGCCAGUGUUGGCCCCCCGUCUGCCCUGGGCCACGGUCCCUGGCUUCCUGCAUCCGCUCACCAUCCCGCUCUCAUUCGCAGGGCCGUCUGCACCCCACAGCUGCACACCUCACACCUCCUGACAGCCCGCGGCUUCUGCACGUGCCCUGCACGGACUCUGCUCGAAGAGGACCAUGCAUCUGGAGAUCAAAGUGGCCCUGAACUUCAUCAUCUCCUACCUGUACAACAAGCUGCCCCGGCGCCGGGCAGACCUGUUUGGGGAGGAGCUAGAGCGACUGUUGAAGAAGAAAUACGAAGGCCACUGGUACCCUGACAGGCCGCUGAAGGGCUCCGGCUUCCGCUGUGUCCACAUCGGGGCGCUCGUGGACCCCGUGGUGGAGCUGGCCGCCAAGCGGAGCGGCCUGGCCGUGGGCGAUGUGCGGGCCAACGUGCCUGAGGAGCUGAGCGUCUGGAUCGACCCUUUCGAGGUGUCCUACCAGAUCGGAGAGAAGGGGCCGGUGAAAGUGCUGUACCUGGACGACAGCGAGGGCUGCGUGGCCCCGGAGCUGGACAAGGAGAUCAAGAGCAGCUUUAACCCCGAGGCGCAGGUGUUCGUGCCCAUCGGCAGCCACGACAGCUCCUUGUCCAGCUCCCCGUCGCCACCCUUCGGCCAGUCACCCAGCCCCACCUUCAUCCCCCGCUCCGCCCAGCCCAUCACCUUCACCACUGCUUCCUUCGCUGCCACCAAGUUCGGCUCCACCAAGAUGAAAAAGGGGGGUGGGGCGGCGAGUGGGGGCGGUGUGGCCAGCAGCGCGGCGGGUGCCCAGCAGCCCCCGCAGCAGCAGCCUCGCCUGGCCCGCUCUCCCACCAGCAGCCUGCUGAAGCACAAGAGCCUUUCUCUGUCUAUGCAUUCACUGAACUUCGUCUCGGCCACGCCAGCGCCUCAGUCCCAGCUCUCGCCCAAUGCCAAGGAGUUUGUGUACAACGGCAGUGGCCCCCCCAGCCUCUUCUUUGACGGGGCGGAUGGCCAGGGCAGCGGCACCCCGGCCCCCUUUGGGGGCAGCGGGGCCGGCCCCUCCAGCAGCAGCAGCUUUGACGUGGCCCAGGUCUUCGGCGGUGGCGCCAACAGCCUCUUCCUGGAGAAGACCCCCUUCGUGGAAGGCCUCAGCUACAACCUGAGCGCCAUGCCCUACCCCAGCCAGCCCUUCCAGCCCGUCGUGCUGGCCAACUGACCUCCCGCCCGCACGGCCAGAGCACCCAAGGCCACAGAAAAGAGAAAGGAAAGGAAAGGCCAAAAGCAGAGGAAAAG